AUGGAUAAGUCAUGUAUUACUAAGCCACUAUCAUCGAUUGCGUAUCAACAAGGGAUACAAGAAUUUAUUGAUUUUGCAUUUAAAAGUGCAAAAGAAAAUGAUGUAGUAAUAUUCCCUUGCAAAUGGUGCGGUUUCAGAAAAUCAAAGAGUAGGAGUGACAUGUUCGACAACUUAAGUUGGUCACCAUUUCCGCAGGGAUACACCAUGCGGAUCCAUCAUGGAGAGUCUUUUGUACGACCUAGUACUAUCUCCUCUAGUACUAUUCCAAAUAUGGUUGAAGAUACUAUCAUUGUCGAAGAUCCUAUUCAGAACAUGAUCAACGAUGCAUUUGGAGUUGAUAGGAAUCAUGCAAAUGGAAUACCAUAUGCGUAA